UCCGGCUUUGGCUGCCUGCUGCAGAGACUGACCAGAGAUCCCUCUGAGGUAGAGACCUGCAGGUUCUAACGCACACACCCGCGUGCUGAGACCCUCUCAGACUCCCAGCCGACCCUCUCCCGCUGCUCAGGGCUGCUCUUGCUUUUAGAGCAUCCACUCCUCAGACCCAAUCAUGAGUGACCAGUCUGUCUUCGAUACCGAUGUCAUCACCCUGACCCGUUUCGUCAUGGAGGAGGGCAGGAAAGCCAAAGGCACAGGCGAGAUGACCCAGUUGCUUAACAGCCUUUGCACGGCUGUCAAAGCCAUCUCCUCUGCUGUGCGGAAAGCAGGCAUAGCCCAUCUUUAUGGAAUUGCUGGCUCUACCAAUGUCACUGGUGACCAAGUAAAGAAGCUGGAUGUUCUCUCCAAUGACCUGGUUAUUAAUAUGCUAAAGUCAUCCUUUUCUACAUGUGUUCUUGUGUCAGAAGAAAAUAAAAAUGCCAUAAUAGUAGAACCAGAAAAAAGGGGUAAAUAUGUGGUCUGUUUUGAUCCUCUAGAUGGUUCUUCUAACAUUGACUGCCUUGCAUCCAUUGGAACUAUUUUUGCCAUCUAUAGAAAGACUUCAGAUGGUGAGCCUUCUGAAAAGGAUGCCUUGCAGCCUGGCAGGAAUCUAGUGGCUGCUGGAUACGCACUCUAUGGCAGCGCCACAAUGUUGGUGCUGGCUAUGGCAUGUGGAGUCAACUGCUUUAUGCUGGAUCCGGCUAUUGGGGAAUUCAUUUUGGUUGAAAAGAAUGUGAAGAUAAAGAAGAAAGGUAAUAUCUACAGUCUUAAUGAAGGCUAUGCCAGGGAUUUUGAUCCUGCAAUCACAGAAUAUAUCCAGAAGAAGAAAUUUCCCCAGGAUAACACAGCUCCUUAUGGCGCAAGAUAUGUGGGCUCCAUGGUGGCAGAUGUGCACCGAACACUGGUGUAUGGAGGAGUCUUUUUGUAUCCAGCCAACAAAAAGAGCCCUAAAGGAAAGCUGAGACUCCUGUAUGAGUGUAAUCCGAUGGCCUUUGUCAUGGAAAAAGCUGGAGGACUGGCUACCACAGGAAAUAAAGCUGUACUGGAUAUUGUUCCCACUGACAUCCAUGAGAGAGCACCAGUGAUUCUGGGGUCCCCUGAUGAUGUGAAUGAAUUCAUAGAGAUUUACAAGAAGCAUGCUGCUAAGUGAAGAUCUCAUCUUCCUACUCAGGCCAAGACACCAAAAAGAAUAGAGCCAAAGAUCAAAGGGCUCUCUGGGAACUGAUAAACUUCUGUGGCAGACCAAUACCAAAACACAUUUUUAUUUCCCGCAAUUCUUUUGAUACACAAAAUAUUGUAUGAUGCUUUGGGCACCCUAACCAAAAUGUAGUUUCUAUAGUGCCACAAAUGGGAAAGAUUUUUUUGAGAGGCAGGGAACCAAAAGAGAAAAUAAAAUUGCCAUUCCUU